AUGAAAAAUGUAAAUCUGGUAGUUGGGUUGAAAUUCCGAAAUGCUGCACAGUUUAGGGUGGCUUUGAGGGACUGGUGCAUACGGCACUGGGUAGAUAUUGAGUUUUUAAGAAAUGAAGCUGCAAGAGUGACUGCAAAAUGUAAAGUGGAGGGUUGUGAAUGUAGGAUCCAUACCUCACCAAUACAAGGUGGAUCUAUAUUCCAAAUUAAAACAAUAAAGGGCAAGCAUACAUUUGUAAAAACAUAUGAAAAUAGGCUUGCCAAUGCAUCUUAUCUUGCAAAAAGAAUUGAAAAUGCAAUAAGAGAUAAUCCAACAAUUCCUGUUCAACAACUCAAAAAUAGAAUUCUCUCAAUAUGCAAUGUGGAUGUGAGUAGAUUUAUGGUGAUGAGAGCCAAAAAAGAAGCUUUAGAGAGAAUUAGGGGGGAUGAUAGAAAGCAAUACAAACUGUUGUGGGAUUAUUGUGAAACUGUCAGAAAUUGUAAUCCAGGGUCUAAGCGCAUACUUAAAAAACCAGAAAAUUCUGAUCCCCUAAUUUUUGAUAGAAUGUAUUUCAGUCUCCAUGCUUUAAAGAAGAGGUUUAUGGAAGGGUGUAGGCCAAUCAUAGGCCUUGAUGGCUGUUUCUUAAAAACUGUUUAUGGGGGUCAAUUGCUUGUGGCUAUGGGAAGGGAUGAAAAUAAUAAUAUGUUCCCAAUUACGAUGGUUGUAACACAAGUAGAAAAUAAGGACACUUGGGAUUGGUUUGUGAGUGAGCUUUUGGAUGAAAUAGGGGGUAUGGGCACCACAAAAUACUCUUUUAUUUCUGAUACACAUAAAGGUCUGUUGAGGCCUUAA